AUGGCCUCCACUCUCAUUCCGAUCGGAUCGCCGACAAUUCGAUCUUGCGCUACUCCUUCCCACCGUGAUCCCUAUCCUCGCCGACAAAUCUCUUCCCCUAAAUGGUGGUCACCGAUCUUCAACUAUUCAACCGAUACAUAUUACAUCGAUUCCACUAUCAACGACUCUCACAAAGAAGAUCAAGCAAAAUCAGGAUCCGUUACCGCGCCGAAUCCGUCUAAGUCUCGAUUUACGGAUGAGAAGGCUCGUCAUCUGCGGCUCUUAACGACCAGUACAUCGUCGUUUCACGAUGCUAUGUAUCACUCCGCCAUCGCCUCCCGUCUCGCUUCUGACUUUCCGAAUCGAUCGAAUAUGUGA